AUGAUUCACACUAUAGCUAGCAUUGUGGUCAUAGCGUCUCUCAACAGCAAUGAAAUUACCGCGCUCGUUGAGAAGGUCAGGUCGGCUCUUUCGCGCAUUUACCAGGAUUUGCCGCUCUCCGCCAUCCGGGAGCGAUCAUUGCGACAGCCUGGGACCAAGGACCCUCUCUGGGUCAGCCAUGCAACUUUUCUGGCCCCUGGGCCCGAGGAAAGCGAUAUCUGCUACCUAGUUGAUAGUGCAAUACGUUUGUUAGGUCGUGGAGAUGAGCAGUAUACCAUUCCCACCAUCCCGGAUGUUACAGUUGAGUGGACCGGUCCUCGCCCUGAUGUGAGCUCAGUAGACGUCCUUCACACAAACACAGAAGAGGAGAAGUUCAAAGAUAUAAAUGGACACGUCAAGAACAAGAUCACGAUUGUCUAUGUCUUUGGAGGCUCUUUCUAG